AUGCAUGCUCGUCGAAAGCGUUGCGACACCCGUUCGUCCUCGGCUGUUGGAGAGGCGAUUCGGAAAAUUCUCUCGUCCGUGGAAAGGAAGAGAGGGGGGAAUGGUCGAAUGCGGUCGAAUGGUUCCCUGGUUUCUCGUGGUGGACUGGCAGUGGCAGGCCCGCUACUGCGCGAUCGUCCCGAUGGCCUCGCCUGCCUCUACAUCCCGGAGUCGCCCGUCUGGCUCCUGCAGCAGCGGAGGAAGGAGGAGGCGGAGGAGGCGCUCAGGUGGCUUCGCUGGUUCCGUGGAAAGGGGGAUGUCUCCAGGGAGAUUCAGGAAAUAAGCGAGAACAUCGAACGGACGCGCUCGGCCGGCGUGGAAGGAGCCGGGGCGAGCCGCGCCUUCGCGAUGAUGAAGCACAUGAUGCAUCGCAGCGUCCUCGUGCCCCUUGGCAUCUGUUGCGGCCUCUUCCUCGUUCAGCAGCUGGCGGGGGCCAACAUCAUCAUCUUCUACACGGGAACGAUUUUCAAGGAUUCGACGGGAGAGAUGGACGAAGCUCUGGCGACAGUGAUCGUGGGGAUCGUGCAGUUCCUGGCGACGCUGACGGCGACGUUCCUGCUGGACCGAGCGGGGCGGCGACCGCUGCUGCUGGGGUCGAUCACGGCGAUGGGGCUGGCGCAGGCGGCGAUGGGGGGGUACUACUACGCGGGGGUGGAGGGGAUGGCGUGGGUGCCGCUGGCGGCGCUCAUCGGGUUCGUGGCGGCGUAUUCCGUGGGGUAUGGGCCGAUUCCGUGGUUCUUCAUCGGGGAGUUGUUUCCGGAGAGGCUCAAGGAUUGGUUGGAGGAUUACGGGACGUUUUGGUUGUUCGCGGCGGCGUGCGUCGGGGGACUCGUCUUCACGUUGAUCGUCGUGCCGGAGACGAAGGGGAGGAGCCUCGAGGAGAUCGAGGGGUACUUCGCGAGGAAGGGAGAGGGAGGAGAAGGAAAAGUCGAAGGAGGUGGAGGGAAGGGAGGGGAAGGGAGGGGGGCGACUGGGAUGCAUCGGAUGUCGGUCACGAGCGUGGACAGCGUGGAUCGGGGGAACAUGUGGGUGUGUGGGGCGGGAUCCAGGAAGGAUCUGCUGGUGGGGUGA